AAAAAAAUAUUCUUUCUUCUUUCUCCAUCUUCUUUGAUAUCUUGAGUUUGUUCAUGAUCUUAAGCUGAAAAUUGCAGAACUGAGGGUUCCUUGUAGCCCAAAACAAAUUACAAGAAUCAAUUUGCUAAAUUUCCUCUGUUUUGGACUAAAGGGAGCUCCUAAUUCUUCUCUUUUCCUUCUUCAAUCUCGGCAUCCAAUUCUAGCUUGAAGUAUUCUUGAUCCACUUUUAAUAAUGUGUGAGAUUAUCCUUUGUUAUCAGGGCCCCUCUUCCUCUACUUCUUAUCCUUUGUUUCGAUUUCCCUAUCCCCUUCUUGGAUCUUGGCGCAGAGUAGAGAUCGGGGCGCAGGCAGUGAAGGGACCUGGUGUAGAGCAAGGCUGGUGCAGGGCGUGCGCGCGGGGCGCGAGUGUGGGCAUGGGCAAUGGCGCAGGCUUGGGGCGCUUCAAGGGCAGGGGUGUGAUGCAGCAGGCGGCUCGUCUAGGUGCAGCAGGCGGCUCGUUUUGUGGGUGGACCCUGUGUUUUCCAGAUCUAGAAGAGCUUUGGUUCCUGCACAUGCUGAGCAUCAUAUUCCCCUUUGAAACAAUGCAAUCCACUAUUGCGAUGCCUCUGUUUUGCUUAGAUCUAGGAUAUCCGAGUGGUAGGCAUUGGAGGCUGAUUGGGUUUUUCGGUCGUAAGCCAAAGGAAAAGGAUGAGGUUGGUACAGUCGCUACGGGGAAGAAUGCUGCUUCAGUCUUAAAAAGGGCUCUAGUUCCCUUAUUGAAAUUUGGCAACAAGGGCUUGCAAAGGAUUGGAAUAGUUAGGGCAUGGUUGGGAGCCCGGGGCGACAAGAGAGGUGCCUGGGUUGAUCAUGGCCCUCCUAUUUGAUUGAAACUGUUUUAGGGACGACAUGUACUGGGUUGGGGACUGCUGAUGUCGAAAUUUCCCUGCUCUGUGAAGCUGGCUAAAUAGGUGAGGACGUUCAGUAGUUUCCGACACUCAUAGCGACCUCCUUUUCUACUUUUGUAGCCCUAUUUUUGCCCAUACAGCGAUUGUAGUUACAAUCUUUAGUUGCAAAUGGCCAUCCUCGCUUAAUUGUCUAGAUAUGUCAUGGGCACAGUUUAAAUCUGUUACUAUGCUGUAGGUUAUGCUUCUGUCCUUAAUAUGGCUAUAAUGCCUUGCUAGAGAUUUCAUCUGUAAUCUCUUUAUAUUUAAUAUAAUUCUCUAUUUUCU